AUGACGGACACCUUCUCGCGCAGGCGGCUCACACCCGCCGCCGCUACCCCCGCGCCGCCACGAGCACCCCGGCACGACGCGGCCGUCGAGUCGUACGACCUGCAGCUCGCCAUCCUCGCCGCCUUCUUCGACUCCAUCGCCAACGGCCGCGACGACCUCCUCACCUCCUUCGUUUCCGCCGGGCUCGUCUCGCCCGACUACCCCAGCCCGCACGGCGAGACGCCGCUCCUCGUCGCCGUGCGCGCGGCCGCCCCCGACCGCGCGCGCGCUGCUGGCCCUGGGCGCCCGACGCCGACGGCUUCGGCCGGCCGCACGACCAGCAUCAGCGUUUCCGCCGCGUCCCCGGGCCCCCACGCCGCACGCCGUUCGCGGCGGCCACGUCCGAUACUCGAGCUCCACCUCGUCGCCUACCUGCCCGCCCGCCGCGCCGGUGCUUUGCUGCGCUGGCGGGCCGCGCGCGCGCGCGAGGCCGAGGCCGCCCGCAACGCCGCUCGGGGCGUUGCGCUUUUCGUUUACUUGUGGAGGCGCCAUUAUGACAUGGGCCGCUGGUGUGUUCGCCAAAUACGCGAGGUGCCGCACCAUGUUGAGCGUGCCGUCCGGGGCGUUGCCGAAGCGGCCCGGCGCGCCCCGGAGCUGGCGCGCUGGAUGGGCGCGGCGCUGCAACGCUUGGCCGUUCGGAUCCCGGGGGCGGUGGCGGUUGCGGCGCGCUGGGCGGGUGAGGGGCUCCAGGGCUUGAUGGGCGCGCUGCUGGGCGUGGCGGAAUGCGCGGUCUCGGUGCUGCAUACGGCGGCGGCGGCGGUGGUGGGUUUAUUUGGCGCCGUGACGCUGACGGACGUGCGCAACGGCCUCGUGGCGCUCGGGCGGGCCGUCGUCGUCGACCUGCCCAAGGCGCUGUGGUGCGUUGUCGCGCGGUUAGGGGACAUGGCGUGGGACUUCCUCGCGGCGCUCCUAGGGGAUCUCGGCGGCAUGCUUUGGUAUCUGGGCUACGCGGUCGUCUGGCUGGUCCGGUUUAUCCCCAAGGAAGUGGGCAAGAUACUGAUGGCGGCGGCACGCUUGGGGUUCCGCGAGUUUAAGAUCCGGCUAGAUCCGAAAAUGGUGUAA